AGACCAUCCUUGCAUUGCCUGGAGUGGCCUCAGCAGGAAUGGUGUUCUUUGCUGAAGCCAUCGUCUCUAAAGAUGGAACAUCUGUUCUGUUGGAGGUACUGGGGUCCAUAAGAAACAUUCUAAAGAUAUAUGAGAGUAUAGAAUUCUGUUGUUAUUCUGUCCUAUUCCUUGAUUCCUGUUGAAUGAUAAUGUUAUGUUCCUAUUUUGUCUUUAGAACAGUACAAUCUGGCCUUCAAGAUUGUGCACACGGCGAGCCGGCUGGUGCGUGGCAUGCUGACCAAUCAUGGAUUCCAUGAGGUAUUACAUGAAAUGUUCAAAGAAUGUCUCAUUCUGAUUCACUAGCACAUAUUGUGCUGUAAGGGGAUAAGAGGGCUGCUGUUUUUUCCUGACUGACACUGUCUAUGUCAAAGCAUGGGAAUGCACCCACGGACAAAAGGUUGGCCCACCAUAGGGUUAAUCCUGUUUCACAAGGGAGCACACUCCCUAUUAUCGCUCCAUCCAAGCACUUACUAUUAAGUCAAUUUAUAUUUCACUUCAAUGCCUCGUCUCCCACUAAACCCAUCAUCAAAGGCAGGCUAGUGUCUGCCACAUCAUCCCUAGAGCCAAAGUUUAAUAACCCUCUAUUGCAAACAUCUGGCUUUCUCAUAGCAGUAAGUGCAGGCCCAUGCCAAACCUGACUCUUCACAAAGGAGCGCAGAAGGGUAGGAAUAAAACAAAACAGAUAUAAAGUAAUAUGAUGGUGAUGAAAAUAGCUGGUGAGCUGGCCUCCCUUUGAGAUGAUUUGAAGUUAGAGGCCUAUAUUUCAGCAGAUUAGUGGCUAAGUAUCGGAUCUGAGCUUCAGAUCCAUCCUUAUCAAGCUGUCAGAUGUGAUGUGGUGGUUAUCAACUGUGUAAACCUCAUGUUUGCACCAAGGCUAUAUUUGAUGAUGUCCUUUAAUUUCCCCUGCCAUUGCAUAGUGUGGUCUUACUGUAAGUAGUGCCUGUAAAUAAUCUUGACGUACAUAACGUUUAGAUCUGAGCUUGACUGGAAGGUCUUAUUUUCAGAUCCAUCCAAACAGUAAUGACUUCAACCUCAUGUGGACGGGGUCUCGCCUCAAGCCUUACCUCCUAUGUAGCCUUCACGACUUCCAGAAGGUCAACCACUUCCCUAGGUACCACAGUGUGUCCAACUGUACAUAGACAUACGUCCCAUUGGCUUGCUACGCUUCCUGAUAUAAAAGUUCACACUGCUUAGCAGUUUAAGCCCCUUCAAAUCAGGCUUGUGUUUAUUGGCUUCCACAGUAAAGUACAUUUUGUUUGGACCAGUGCCUUUCUAAAACAUGAAAUGAAUCAAACUGUCAUGCAGUAGUCUUGUUGCAUUGUGUUUGUACAAGCUCUUAUUUCUCUCAGCGUCCAAGCUGUGGAGAACUCAAGCAUUUCGAGCUGAAAGGUCAAUGGCCCUGUUCAUUUCUAGGUCAUAUGAACUGAUGCGCAAAGACCUGCUGUAUAAAAACAUCCAGCGGAUGCAGCAGGCUCACGGCGUUAAAAACGUCCACAUCGUCCCUCAGACCUUUGUGCUUCCCUCAGAGUACCAGGUGUUCUGCAGUAAGUCCUGCUUGUCUGUUAACUUACUUACUGUAAAUGUAAACACAAUAAGCCACCAUGAUUCUCCGCUAGUCUUUCUCACAGCACGCCACACUUCCCCAUCCUCUCUCUGCCUCACCCCUAGGUUAUUUCAUCAAGGACAAGGGCCCUUGGAUCAUUAAGGCAGUAGCAUCUUCAAGAGGACGAGGGAUCUACUUGGUCAGCAAUGUAAGGGAUACGCCAUAGGAAGAACACUGUACUGUGAAAGUGUUACUGUGUUAUAUAUACGCUCACCUUAAGUCUGGGAUAAUGACCUGAGCGAACUUGUGUUGUAAAUGAAACAAUAUGGCCAGUUACUUGUGUGGGGGAUUCUGUUGAAAAAGAAAGUAUAAAACAGUGUGUGUCAUAGACAUUAAGCAUUGUUGAGUAAAUCACACACUUCAAGGCAUUGGCUUUGGAAGAGCUCCACAAGGUUCUCUGACUUGGACAACCAAUAAACACUUUUCUUUUGAGGUAUUUUUAUGAAACUGGAAAGAAUGUCAGGGUGAUAUUUGGAAAGAAGGAUGUUCAUUUUGGGGGUUUUCUCUGAACUGUAGCCAGCCCUAAGGUUAGUAGCUCUCCACCUCCCCCACCCCCCAUCCCUCCUCGGCUUCAACACCUGCAACACAUUUUAGCCUCAUAAAUGACCCCACUCCUACCCACCGAUAGGGCUCUGAUAGACUGCUCUACAGGAAGGGUUUUCUCCUUGAAUGGCCAAUGUCAUGUGUCUGACUUGAUCAUACUUUACCUGGUGCAUUAUAUGUGUUAUAUAAUGAUUGCCGUGUUAUUUAGCCUAACAUAUUUGAUCCUCAUCCUACAAAGCCCAACCAGAUUCCAAUGGAUGAGAACAUCUUAGUGUCUCGCUAUAUCAAUAACCUGUUACUGAUUGACGGUGAGUUUUUGCCCAUCAAGUGUUGACAAAUCGGUUACUUAUGUAGAUGAAGACAGUAGUCAGAAAAGCAGUAAUUUGUAUCUAUGUUUUAUAAAUUGUUUCCAGACUUCAAGUUUGAUGUGCGGUUGUAUGUGCUGGUGACAUCGUAUGAUCCACUCACUAUCUAUCUCUAUGAGGAGGGCCUAGCCAGGUGAGCUGUGUACUGGAUCUUUCCUUUUACAAAUAAUGGCCAAUGGUUCUAUAUGGGCUAUCUAAUCUGUAUUUGCCAGGUCAUAGAAGUGUAUAUUGGGUCAAGAGGUCCAUCUUGGAUAGUGGCUUUGCGAUUAGUUUCUGUCCUCAUGAAUGUAGUGAAGAAAAGUAGCAACUGUAUCUGGAAUUUACAAGGCAAUGACCAGUAGAGGGCAGUCUCAAUGUUUCUGUCUGCCACUGAUGAGUAGUAUGACUUGGCGACGCUUUCAAACAAAGCUCUCCAUUGUCUCAACGGUCAAAAUGGUCACCAGGAGAUGACAGGUUUAUUAGACAUUGUAAUGAUAUUUUGCUGUAAUAAUCUCAGAUAUAUAAAUCUGCAGUGACAGACUACAAAUGAUAGUGUCUCAGCGGCAAUGCUAUUUGCAAGAUGAGCAAUGUUUAGUUAUUUUCUUAUCAUAUUAGAUCAAUGAAGGCAUUGCAAAUUAUAUAAUUUAGCUGUAUCUUUGCCUGGAGCCAUCUGUAUUACUGUAUUCAUAGGGAUUAAUCAUUAAGAUAGUCAGGAUUCAGGUGGGUUGGGGGCAGAGAUGGGUGGAUGAUGGAUUAAAUGGCUCAUCUCUGCUAGGCUAGACAGAUAUAUGUGUUGCACAGAGUGACACACACUGCCGUUCUUCGCACACUGUGCUUGAUUAUUAACUGAGGGUAAUAAAUCCAGGCUGAAUUGCAAAUACCACUUUUCUCUUUGACAUUCCAUUGUUUGAUGGUAUUCAGGUACUCACUGUAUGCCAAGGAAUCCUCAUUAUUCCACAUGUGGUGUCCAAUCCUCUUUAAUACAGUACAAUAGGGGAAACAUAUCUCUGUUCUACUAAUUGACCCUCUAAGGCUGUCAAAGAUCAUUCAUAUUAAUUGCUUUAUUUAUUGUAAGUAAUAGUAACUCUGUGUAGAGAUCUGUUGUUAGUUUUGUUUUUGGAAAUUGUAUAUUUAAGUAACACUGCCUACAGGUUGGUCACAUACACGUGUCUAGCAGAUGUUAUUGCGGGUGUAGCGAAAUGCUUGUGUUUCUAGCUCCGACAGUGCAGUAAUAUCUAACAAGUAAUAUCUAAGAAUUUCAUAACAUAUACCCAAUACACACAAAUCUAAGUAAAGCAGUGGAAUUAAGAAUAUAUAAAUAAAUAUAUGGACGAGCAAUGUCAGAGCGGCACAGACUAAGAUACAGUAGAAUAGUAUAAAAUACAGUAUAUACAUAUGAGAUAAGUAAUGCAAGAUAUGUAAACAUUAUUAAAGUGACUAGUGUUCCAUUUAUAAAGUGGCCAGUGAUUUCUAAUCUAUGUAUAUAGGCAGCAGCCUCUAAUGUGCUAGUGAAGGCUAUUUAACAGGCUGAUGGCCUUGAGAUAGAAGCUGUUUUUCAGUCUCUCGGUCACAGCUUUGAUGCACCUGUACUGACCUCGCCUUCUGGAUGAUAGCGGGGUGAACAGGCAGUGGCUCAGGUGGUUGUUGUCCUUGAUUAUCUUUUUGGCCUUCCUGUGACAUCGGGUGCUGUAGGUGUCCUGGAGGGCUGGUAGUUUGCCCCCGGUGAUGUGUUGGGCAGACCGCACCACCCUCUGGAGAGCCCUGCGGUUGCGGGCGGUGCGGUGCAUUUGCCGUACCAGGCGGUGAUACAGCCCGACAGGAUGCUCUCAAUUGUACAUCUGUUAAAGUUUGUGAGGGUUUUAGGUGCCAAGACAAAUUUCUUCAGCCUCCUGAGGUUGAAGAGGCGUCGAGGUCCCGUUGAUGUGGAUAGGGGGGUGCACCCUAUGCUGUUUCCUGAAGUCCACGAUCAUCUCCUUUGUUUUGUUGACGUUGACUGAGAGGUUAUUUUCUUGGCACCACACUCCCAGAGCCCUCACCUCCUCCCUGUAGGCUGUCUCGUCAUUGUUGGUAAUUAAGUCUACUACUGUUGUGUCGUCUGCAUACUUGAUGAUUGAGUUGGAGGCGUGCUUGGCCACGCAGUCAUGGGUGAACAGGGAGUACAGGAGGGGGCUGAGCACGCACACUUGUGGGGCCCCAGUGUUGAGGAUCAGCGAAGUGGAGGUGUUGUUUCCUACCUUCACCACCUGGGGGCGGCCCGUAAGGAAGUCCAGGACCCAGUUGCACAGGGCUGGGUUCAGACAAAGGGCCUCGAGCUUAAUGAUGAGCUUGGAGGGUACUAUGGUGUUGAAUGCUGAGCUAUAGUCAAUGAACAGCAUUCUUACAUAGAGUUGAAGUCAGAAGUUUACAUACACUUAGGUUGGAGUCUUUAAAACUCGUUUUUCAACCACUCCACAAAUGUCUCGUUAACAAACUACAGUUUUGGCAAGUCGGUUAGGACAUCUACUUUGAGCAUGACACAAGUAAUUUUUCCAACAUUUGUUUACAGACAGAGUAUUUCACUUAUAAUUCACUGUAUCACAAUUCCAGUGGGUCAGAAGUUUACAUACACUAAGUUGACUGUGCCUUUAAACAGCUUUGAAAAUUCCAGAAAAUGAUAUCAUGGCUUUAGAAGCUUCUGAUAGGGUAAUUGACAUCAUUUGAGUCAAUUGGAGGUGUACCUGUGGAUGUAUUUCAAGGCCUACCUUCAAACUCAGUGCCUCUUUGCUUGACAUCAUGGGAAAAUCAAAAGAAAUCAGCCAAGGCCUCAGAAAAUAAAUUGUAGACCUCCACAAGUCUGUUUCAUCCUUGGGAGCAAUUUCCAAACACCUGAAGGUACCACGUUCAUCUGUACAAACAAUAGUACGCAAGUAUAAACACCAUGGGACCACGCAGCCGUCAUACUGCUCAGGAAGGAGACACUUUCUGUCUCCUAGAGAUGAACGUACUUUGGUGCGAAAAGUGCAAAUCAAUCCCAGAACAACAGCAAAGGACCUUGUGAAGAUGCUGGAUGAAACCGGUACAAAAGUCUCUAUAUCCACAGUAAAACUAGUCCUAUAUCGACAUAACCUGAAAGGCCGCUCAGCAAGGAAGAAGCCACUGCUCCAAAACCGCCAUAAAAAAGCCAGACUACGGUUUGCAACUGCACAUGGGGACAAAGAUCGUACUUUUUGGAGAAAUGUCCUCUGGUCUGAUGAAACAAAAAUACAACUGUUUGGCCAUAAUGACCAUCUUUAUGUUUGGAGGCAAAAGGGGGUAGCUUGCAAGCCGAAGAACACCGUCCCAACCGUGAAGCACGGGGGUGGCAGCAUCAUGCUGUGGGGGUGCUUUGGUGCAGGACGGACUGGUGCACUUCACAAAAUAGAUGGCAUCAUGAGGAAGGAAAAUUAUGUGGAUAUAUUGAAGCAACAUCUCAAGACAUCAGUCAGGAAGUUAAAGCUUGGUCGCAAAUGGGUCUUCCAAAUGGACAAUGACCCCAAGCAUACUUCCAAAGUUGUGGCAAAAUAGCUUAAGGACAACAAAGUCAAGGUAUUGGAGUGGCCAUCACAAAGCCCUGACCUCAAUCCUGUAGAAAAUGUGUUGGCAGAACUGAAAAAGCGUGUGCGAACAAGGAGGCCUACAAACCUGACUCAGUUACACCAGCUCUGUCAGGAGGAAUGGGCCAACAUUCACCCAACUUAUUGUGGGAAGCUUGUGGAAGGCUACACUAAUUCAGUUAGUGAUACACUUUUGUCUAACUGGCGACCGUUGAAAUCGAACCAAAACCUGGAGUCAAAACCAUGCUCAAUUAUCAAACUGACAUUCUCACUUCCUCAAUCAACCUGAUCCUACGCUAAAAAGGGCUAUUGUACUGCGCAAUGCAGCCCGGCACUGCGGACUGAGUAAGUAUGGCUGAGUUGCAGGAUACUCUCGACUCAGGCAGAGUUAGCUACUUGCCAGAUGGCAUGGCACCGGGCCCAGUGUAUGGAUUGCAUCGUCUGAGACUAUUUCGGGGCGGUAACAAUUAAGGGUAUGUGCAAUAAUUAGAGGUGUAUGUAAUCUCUGACCCUAAAGGAAUCAUGAUGAAAAGUAAAAGCUGAAAUGGGAAUAUUUCUUAAAUUCUCUCUAUUGACAUUUCUUUGUAAACAAUGGUGACCAACUGCCUAAAACAGGGGACAGUAGACUGGAAAUGUGAGAAGAUUGAUAUGCAAACUAGCAAACUGGUUUGGCUAAGGUGUAUGUAAACUUCCGACUUCAACUGUAGGUAUUCUUCUUGUCCAGAUGGGAUAGGGCAGUGUGCAGUGUGAUGGCGAUUGCAUCGUCUGUGGAUUUAUUGGGGCGGUAAGCAAAUUGAAGUGGGUUUAGGGUGGCAGGUAAGUUAGAGGUGAUAUGAUCCUUGACUAGUCUCUUAAAGCACUUCAUGAUGACAGAAGUGAGUGCUACUGGGCGAUAGUCAUUUAGUUCAGUUACCUUUGCUUUCUUGGGUACAGGGACAAUGGUGGCCAUCUUGAAGCAUGUGGGGACAGCAGACUGGGAUAGGGAGAGAUUGAAUAUGUCCGUAAACACACCAGCCAGCUGGUCUGCGCAUGCUCUGAGGACUUGGCUAGGGAUGCCAUCUGGGCCGGCAGCCUUGCGAGGGUUAACAUGCUUAAAUGUCUUACUCACGUCAGCCACGGAAAAGGAGAGCCCACAGUCCUUGGUAGCGGGCCGCAUCGGCGGCACUGUAUUAUCCUCAAAGCGAGCGAAGAAGGUGUUUAGCUUGUCCGGAAGCAAGACGUCGGUGUCUGCGACGUGGCUGGUUUUCCUUUUGUAGUCCGUGAUUGUCUGUAGACCCUAUCACAUACGUCUUGUGUCUGAGCCGUUGAAUUGCGACUCCACUUUGUCCCUAUACUGAUGUUUUGCCUGUUGCGGUGGUUCGCACUUUCAAUUUUGCGCAAAUGCUGCCAUCUAUCCACGGUUUCUGGUUAGGGUAGGUUUUAAUAGUCACAGUGUGUACAACAUCUCCUAUACACUUCCUGAUUAACUCAGUCACCGUAUCAGUAUAUACGUUGAUAUUAUUCUCUGAAGCUACGCAGAACAUCUCCCAGUCCGCGUGAUCAAACCAAUCUUGAAGCGUGGAUUCUGAUUGGUCAGACCAGCGUUGAAUAGUCUUUAGCACGGGUACUUCCUGUUUGAGUUUCUGUCUAUAGGAAGAGUGGAGCAAAAUGGAGUCGUGGUCAGAUUUGCUGAAAGGAGGGCCUUGUAUGCAUCCUGGAAGUUGGAGUAGCAGUGGUCGAGGGUUUUAGCAGCGCAAGUACUACAGUCGAUGUGUUGAUAGAACUUCGGCAACCUUCUCCUCAAAUUUGCUUUGUUAAAAUCCCCAGCUACAAUAAAUGCAGCCUCAGGAAAUGUGGUUUCCAGUUUGCAUAGAGUCCAGUGAAGUUCUUUGAGGGCCGUUGUGGUAUCGGCUUGAGGGGGGAUAUACACGGCCGGGACUAUAACCGAAGAAAAUUAUCUUGGGAGAUAAUACGGUCGGCAUUUGUGUGUGAGGUAUUCUAGGUCGGGUGAACAAAAGGACUUGAGUUCCUGUAUGUUAUCACAAUUACACCAUGAGUCGUUAAUCAUAAAACAUACACCUCCGCCCUCUGCUUCCCAGAGAGAUAUUUAUUUUUGUCUGCGCGAUGAACUGAGAACCCAACUGGCUGGACCGUGUUGGACGGUAUAUCCUGAGAGAGCCAUGUUUCCGUGAAACAGAGUAUGUUACAAUCCCUGAUGUCUCUCUGGAAAUUAACCCUCGCCCUGAGCUCGUCAACUUUAUUAUCCAGAGACUGAACAUUAGCGAGUAAUAUACUCGGAAGCGGUGGGUGGUGUGCACGCCUCCUAAGUCGGACUAGAAGGCCGCUCCGAGUUCCUCUCCUCCGGCGUUGUUUUGGGUCGGCCUCUGGAAUCAGUUCAAUUGCCCUGGGGGGUGCGAACAAAGGAAAGUCAGUCUUAAUGCUGGUAGUGCUGGUGAGUUACUGCCGCUCUGAUAUCCAAUAGUUCUUCCCGGCUGUAUGUAAUAACACAAACCAUUUUCUGGGCUAAUAACGUAAUAAAUAAUACAUAAAAAAACAAAAUACUGCAAAGUUUCCUAAGAGCUAGAAGCAAGGCAGCCCUCUCUGUCGGCGUCAUUUUAACUUGGCUGCUCUCACUUACUACAGCGUGAACAAGAAGAGCAGCGACUAUCUCAGGUAACCUGGGAUCUGCAGUCAACAGUCACUUCUUUAUUCUCCUUCAGGAAUCUCUAAAUUAAUAUGUAGCUAAUUGAGGGGGCAUGGAAUUUGGGAAAACAUAGCAAAUCAUACACCUUUGUGCCUUGGGCAUUUGAAUGGUAUGUAUUAGAUAAUAGACUCCCGCUUCAUUCAAAAGCCUGUUUUGGAAAAAGCCAUGUCUUGUUCCUUUUCAGUUGCAAUGACCCUGAAGUGGAGGAUUACGGGAACAAAUGGAGCAUGAGUGUAAUGCUCCGGUAUUUGAAGCAGGAGGGAAAGGACACCACAUGUGAGUAGCCUAAACUCUUCACUCUCUUUUGAACCUUCCUCCCCCUCCACCCUCUCCUGGCUCAGAACGUCCAUGCUAUUGUCCAUGCACAGUCAAAUAAAUUAGUCUGUAUUGUCAAGAUGUUGCUGUAGUUGAACCGGAUUCAAUCUUACACCCAGAUCCCCACCCUUCUCUUCUCUGUCUAAAUACUCAGCAGAGCAGAAUCUACAUGGCAACCUGUAACCACAGAUUGUAUCCCAGAUGUUGUGAUAUUGUAAGCACUUUGUGUCUAGUGUAAAGUUCUUUAGGGUCCUGUGUGUAAAGUGGACAUAGUAACCCAUGCCAUGUCUCAGACUGUGUCACCCUGCUGUCUGUGUCUCUGUGUGUUCCAGUGCUGAUGAGUCAGGUGGAGGACCUGGUGAUCAAGGCUGUUCCGAGUGCUGAGCUGCAGAUAGCCACUGCCUGCAAAAUGUUUGUGCCCCAUAGUAACAACUGCUUCGGGAAGACUGUCUGCCACAUUCUAGUCUGUUUCCCUGGCUGUACCUUUCUUGUACUCUCUACGUCUUUGAAUUCCAUACCGUACAUUUUUAGUUCUUUCCUCCUUCAUGUGUUCAGUGCAGACUACAGAUAGUCCUUCCCAAACCGUCCAGUUUCUGUGUCGGACGGUUUUGGAGUGGCUUUUGACUGAAGCAGGAAUUUGCUUCAUUUUUUCUGUUGCCAUUCAGGUCUGACUGAUUUAGGCUGACUGUUUUCUUGGCUGCUCCUGUGUAGCACCAGGCUCGUGUGAACUCCAUUUUGGAGCCAUUACUGAUGUUAGUGUUGGCACUAAGUGUCUUCCCUGUCUCUCUGGCGUUCUCUCAGAGAGUUGGGGUUUGACUGCCGGUACGUCUGCUGAGCCUCCUCGAGUGCCUCUGCCCUCCCUGUCUCCCUUUCUUUCUUUCUUUCUCUCUCACUGUCUUUUUUUCUCUGUUUCCCCCUCUCCUAUUCUCUUUUCCUGUUCUUGUCUGUAACUUUCUCGUCUCUCUCUCUCUCUGCUCUGAACUUUCACUGGUUAGAAAAGUAGAGAGCCCUGGCUGCACUUUGACAGGUCACUGUAGGCAUAAUAGACCCCUGACUUGUGAUUGUUUGGGCUGUAGGGGCUGUGUACCAGGGCAAAAUAAUAUAAUCGAAGAAUCGCCUAUAUAGAGAUACUAUCUCUACCCUGAGCGGCAGGCAUCACCGCAGGGCUUAACAGCCAGACGGGCCCAGGGUAUGAAAUGUACAGAUGAAGGUGUUUGUAGGAUGAGGUGGGGCCUCAUACAUGCCUGAUGGAAAUGAAUCAACUCAGGAAAAGAUGACAGCAGAGAUCCUCCAUUCUUGGGAGUGCGAGUGAGAGCGAGAGUGAGAGUGAGAGAAUGGGGCAGGAAUUGAUAUUGACACACAGAUGAACUCACACACACACCCGCAUGUACAUAUGCACUGCAAUUAGGCUCCAUCUAUCUUGUUCUAUACACAAAUCCUGUUGACUAUAAUGAACAUGCCCAUUACCCUUUGUGAUAUUAGUUUACCGUCUAAUGUGGUGUAAUUUUGUUGUCUUCAGAUCGCCCAGAGCUAGUUAAUUAUAGCAUUCACAUUGUGUCUGCUGGAGACAGUUUCCAAAGGAAGACAGUGACAGCUCUUUCCUGACAGUUCCAGAGGACCACCCUCGUCCUGCUGCCUCUGUUCUAAUCCUCCUCUCAAGGUGGGCCUGUUGCUUUUUAAAUAUGUGACUGAGUGUCUGUGGAGACAUGUAGGAGCCAUUGUAAAACAUGAGUGCUGGGAGGCCAGGCCUGCCUCUGCUUCAGGGAGUCCAGUAUCACUGUGUGCUUUAUCUUCUCUGAAAUAAAAUCAACCCAAACCACAGAGGGGCUGUGUUCUCCCAGCUCCUGUCGACCUCCUCCUCCUCCUCCUCCUCCUCUCUCUGUCUUCCUCUCCUCCUCCCCCAACCUCCCAAACAUGAACACAAUGUUAAUUCAUCCUCUGAAAUGGUCCCGAGCAGUGUUGCCAUGCAUCAAUAAAAGAGAAAACAUAAGAAGCUGUGAUGUAUCCUGAUAAAUAAUUGUUGGUAAGGAGGGUGGUGUAUGCGUCCCUAAAACAGGGCCUAUUGUUCGGAGUUAACAUGCAAUCUCUGCCACUUCUGGACCACAGCCACACAAGGCAAUAAAGAGAGUUGUAAUCUUAAUUUGCAGCAAAUUAUUCCAAGCCAUUUUAGUGUCUUUAAUACAAUGUUUGUUUUCAAAUGGGAUUUGCUCUUUUUGCACAAAUUGCUCUGCCUAUCUAAACGAGCCUACUGUAACAAAAUCCUUUAUUGCUCUCUCUCUGAUGUGAGAAAGAGUGAAAAUAACAGUUCUUUUUCAAACAUUCUGUGGUAAGUUGUAUGUGGGAGAGGGUAGAAUGCUACCCAUGCUGCUCUCUUUACCACUGUGCCUUAAGAUUAAUGGACAGGCGUUUUACUGAGAGAUGCUGAUUAAGACAUGUUUUAACUGAGAUCUGAUUAGCCAAGCAAAAGGCCUAUUUUAUUACACAUCAAACAUUCCACUAACUGCACAUGCAUUCCACUGAACAUCUCUGUUAUAGCCUACUACAUAUUGUGGAAUCAGCAAUAGCCUUUAAACAACUUUUAUUAGUCCUACAUUUGUCUGUAGGUCAAACACUUUCCUGUCCCAAAAAUAGGGGGUAUUACGAUGAGGAUGAUGUGGUUGCUAUGCAAUUCUUUGCAGGCGAUCACUGGAUUGAGCCUAUGUUUUGAGUCUACUCAUUUUUAUCAUACAGUUUUUCCUCUUUAUGUUAUCCAUGGAGAUACGGCAGUAUAUAUUUUCCAUGUUUUUAUUUGCUGCCUUUAGGGCGUCUUCGCGCAUUUGGCAUCAAACUUGUUGCUCCUCUGUAAAUCCAGAGAAACAAGUUCAACAUAAGUGAUUUAUUUGAAAAUGAUGCAAUAAUCCAAUUUGUGAUAACUAACAACAAAACCCACUUCAAGAAGAUGCUUUAUGUUGUUGUUGUUAUUGUGGGGCCCAUGAACUGCAUGGCCAGGGUGGGGAGAACAUUGUUUUGGCGCUGUCUCUUGUGAUGGAGUGUCCAACUGCGCCCACCCAAUAGUAAAAAACACUCCUCUUCAUCAUCCCCUCUUCGCAUUACUUCUUUGUUUAUUUCCCUCCCUCGUUUAAUGGGUGUUGGGGAUGUUCUCUCGUUGUCCUCUCUCGCUGUGUGAUUGCUGUUGUGGCUUCUCUGUGGCUGCGUUAACAGCGCUCCCCAGGCAGCGGUCGAGCCACAGAACAGACACGUCUCAGAGCUCCCGGCUCCGGGGGGAGUCUGCUUGUCGGGGGCUGGAGAGGCUUUAUUUCUCCUCUUUAUCCCGUUGUUGUGGUGCGACUGAUGAGGCACUCCAGGCUCAAACUAAUCUAUUCCAGUGCUCUGUUCCCUGAGACGUAUACAUUGCGUUUUAUGGCUCUCUCUGUGUGUGUAUGUGUGUGUGCGUGCAUGCGUGUUUUAUUUAAAAAGAGUGAAAGGGGGAUACGCCAGUGAAUUGAAAAGAAAAUCCCUGCGUUCUGCUUAGAAACUACUAUUUGGAUUUCAGUGUCCAAUUCGAAGACAGAUUGGUACUGCUACUAAUGUUACAGGCCUUGGCUAAGGACUCCAUCGACACAUGUGGCUCAAUUCCUCUUUAACAUGGGUUUAGUUAGCAAGCCUCUUGACCCUAGCAAUGACAUGAUGAAUGACUUUGCUCAGUGGAUGAGUUGACAUUCAGAUCUUCCGUAAUCAUCAUCAUAUUUACAAGAGAAGAUGAAUUAGCCUACUCUUGAAGAAGUUCGAAUUUCAGGUUUUUUUCUGGAUCAAAAAGGGGCUUAGGUGGUGGGCGUGGCAGGGGGCGUGGCAAUGAGCGCGGUCGGCCCUUUGGUGUGGCCACAUUUCAGAGAAAAUGUUUGAGGUCCCCAUCUUUGCAGUUUUAAGGCUAAUUUCCUCCAAUACAUUUUGCCAUUUACUAUUGUCAGAAAACCAUGAACCAGAGGUUAGGGAGGAGGCACUUGCAGAAAAUCACUAAAUGAACCAUGAAUGACUGAAUAUAGCUUUUUAUAUAUAUAUAAAACUUAACUUACACUGUAAUAUCAUUCCUUCACCAACCACUGUGUGAAGAUAUACACUGCUCAAAAAAAUUAAGGGAACACUUAAACAACACAAUGUAACUCCAAGUCAAUCACACUUCUGUGAAAUCAAACUGUCCACUUAGGAAGCAACACUGAUUGACAAUACAUUUCACAUGCUGUUGUGCAAAUGGAAUAGAUAACAGGUGGAAAUUAUAGGCAAUUAGCAAGACACCCCCAAUAAAGGACUGGUUUUGCAGGUGGUGACCACAGACCACUUCUCAGUUCCUAUGCUUCCUGGCUGAUGUUUUGGUCACUUUUGAAUGCUGGCGGUGCUUUCACUCUUGUGGUAGCAUGAGAUGGAGUCUACAACCCACACAAGUGGCUCAGGUAGUGCAGCUCAUCCAGGAUGGUACAUCAAUGCGAGCUGUGGCAAGAAGGUUUGCUGUGUCUGUCAGCAUAGUGUCCAGAGCAUGGAGGCGCUACCAGGAGACAGGCCAGUACAUCAGGAGACGUGGAGGAGGCCGUAGGAGGGCAACAACCCAGCAGCAGGACUGCUACCUCCACCUUUGUGCAAGGAGGAGCAGGAGGAGCACUGCCAGAGCCCUGCAAAAUGACCUCCAGCAGGCCACAAAUGUGCAUGUGUCUGCUCAAACGGUCAGAAACAGACUCCAUGAGGGUGGUAUGAGGGCCCGACGUCCACAGGUGGGGGUUGUGCUUACAGCCCAACACCGUGCAGGACGUUUGGCAUUUGCCAGAGAACACCAAGAUUGGCAAAUUCGCCACUGGCGCCCUGUGCUCUUCACAGAUGAAAGCAGGUUCACACUGAGCACGUGACAGACGUGACAGAGUCUGGAGACGCCGUGGAAAACGUUCUGCUGCCUACAACAUCCUCCAGCAUGACCGGUUUGGCGGUGGGUCAGUCAUGGUGUGGGGUGGCAUUUCUUUGGGGGGCCGCACAGCCCUCCAUAUGCUCGCCAGAGGUAGCCUGACUGCCAUUAGGUACCAAGAUGAGAUCCUCAGACCCCUUGUGAGACCAUAUGCUGGUGCGGUUGGCCCUGGGUUCCUCCUAAUGCAAGACAAUGCUAGACCUCAUGUGGCUGGAGUGUGUCAGCAGUUCCUGCAAGAGGAAGGCAUUGAUGCUAUGGACUGGCCCGCCCGUUCCCCAGACCUGAAUCCAAUUGAGCACAUCUGGGACAUCAUGUCUCGCUCCAUCCACCAACGCCACGUUGCACCACAGACUGUCCAGGAGUUGGCGGAUGCUUUAGUCCAGGUCUGGGAGGAGAUCCCUCAGGAGACCAUCCGCCACCUCAUCAGGAGCAUGCCCAGGCAUUGUAGGGAGGUCAUACAGGCACGUGGAGGCCACACACACUACUGAGCCUCAUUUUGACUUGUUUUAAGGACAUUACAUCAAAGUUGGAUCAGCCUGUAGUGUGGUUUUCCACUUUAAUUUUGAGGGUGACUCCAAAUCCAGACCUCCAUGGGUUGAUAAAUUUGAUUUCCAUUGAUAAUUUUUGUGUGAUUUUGUUGUCAGCACAUUCAACUAUGUAAAGAAAAAAGUAUUUAAUAAGAUUAUUUCAUUCAUUCAGAUCUAGGAUGUGUUAUUUUAGUGUUCCUUUUAUUUUUUUGAGCAGUGUAGCAUGGGUUCUCUGUGUUAACACUGAUGUUGACCUCUUACACUAGAAUAAAUAACUUAUGUUACGACGGCUUUGAAAACACCAACCUCUGGCCUCUUCUCAAAACAGACAAUUUUCUUUUUAAGUGCCAUUAAGCUGAUUUUUCUUUGGCUUUACGGACAGAGCUUUGCCCAAUGCCCAGUCCCUCUAAAAGGCUGUUGUUUUUCCCCGGGAGCUGUAUGCUAAGCUAAGGGACUCUCCCCAGGCAGAGCAGUGCAGUGUGAGACUGAGGGAGUGAUGGUGAGGAGGGCUUCCACAGGGCUCCUAGCACCGCCGUGCCGUGGUGGCAUGGCUGUUUUAUAACCGCGAAGGAAGGAGAGAGAGUAUGGAUAAGUUUGUACACAGGGAACUCCCUGACCACUCAGUAAAAGGCCUUUAUUGUGUCGCUGUCUGCCAAGCUGGCGAUGGAGUGUCUGAUUCGCCAGGUCCCUCGCACUUGGAAAAUACUUCCAUAAUUUUCCAAACAUAGCUCAGUUGGAGUUCAGGGUCUAUCAACAAUUUGCUCCAUCGUAAUCAUCUGCUUCUCUUCAACUAGGCCUAGAUCAGUGGUAUUUAAAUUCUUUCUGCGGGGACCCCAUGUUUAUCCCAAUAAUGUUCCCAAGACUUUCUUGCGACCCCACCCCUAACCUAACGUACCAGGCGUAGAAAGAGCCCUGAGCAGAGUUCCCACUUCCAUUUUUCAGGGGAAACCGGAUGUUAGCUGGCGACUCCGCAUAGGCUACCCCACCCCAAAUCUAAUGACACAACCUUCAAAUCUGUAAAUUUAGAUUUUUGCAUCAACAAAUGACCUUCAAUUCAUUGCAUUUUCAUCUCAAAAUUAAAAGAAACCAAUGAAUACAUUUACUCAAAUAUAUUUCUCAAAAACAUAUGUAUAUCGUAGCAUACCAAAAAGUUAUUAUUUGUGUAAAAUUUUGGCACCCCACUUGCAGGUUGCGACCCCGACUUUGAAUACCACUGGCCUAGAUGGUGACAGUUUGGGACUGAGGUGUGGUUUACACUGAGGUGUCGGCUAAUUUUGUGCUACAAUAUUGACUGAGCAACACUAUCCCAAUGUGGCAGAAGGAUUUUAUAGUAUAUAAUGGCAUGAAAAUCAGACUUGAUGUUCAGAGCUUUUAAAUAAAGAAUAUAGGCAUAUUCAAUGCACGAGUAUAGAGUUCAUAAAUAUGUUUCUCAUCUAAGUGCUGAUGUAAGCAGCUCAAUGGAGCUGAGAUGUGAAUAUACUUAGCUAAUGUAAUUCAGCCAGCCAAUCCUCAGUAGCAACAGACGUUUGAUGUAGAGUGAUUGGAUAUUUAAUAUCCAUAUAAUCAGUAGCAGAAAACCAGCCAUGUUGUCAACUGCCAGUUUGUGGUAACCAAGAUAAGACCCUUGACGUCUUCUGUUUUCUAUUGUGACUUAUUAUUGUUUUAUAAGAAACUGGAUCUUUCAUCACUAGGACCAGGAGUUUUUCUCCCCACAGGGCCCAAGUUUUAGGUUAGGGCCUAGCUUUUUUCCUGUUUAGCCUAGGUGACUUGGUCUGGGAAAAACCUCUGGUCCUAUUCAUCACAAAUGGGGGCAGCGGAAGCCAGAAUAGAGCCAGACUCUACUGACCUCCCAUGUGUGUGUGUUUAUCUACAGAACUGUACGGCUUUGAUGUGCUCAUCGACUCCAACCUCAAACCAUUGCUCCUGGAGGUCAACCUCUCUCCUUCUCUGGCCUGGUGAGUGAGUGACUGCAUAUCAUCAUCUCAUGGUUCACAGGAACAAACACAUGCUUAUGCGUAAAUUGCUGGAGGGACUUUAGGGUGACUCAAAAAGGUAUUCUUGUCCUUCUUUGAAACGAAACACACUUCUGUUCUUCCUCCCAUCAACACAUAAACAUAAUAUGGUGAGCUCUAGGAAUAGACAUGUUAAUAUAACACAUAAGGAAAUGUCAUGUUUGAAGAUUUACACUUCGUUAGUUGAUAAAUACCGGAAAAUAGAUCUGAGCAGUUCUUUCCAGGUCUGCAAAUUCUGUGAGUUGACUGUGAUUGAGACGUUUGUGUCCUCAAUAACUUUGGGAUUGCACUUGUAUGUGAGAAAGGGCAUAUUGUGUUAUUUUACCGGAUGGACUUUGAUUACUUUCUAAUGAACGUCAAUGAAAUAUUUUUGUUAGUUUUAUGUGAUUUGAAUCUUUAUUUCCAGCGAUGGAUCUGAAGAUAAAGGCCAGCAUGAUAUCAGACAUGUUUUCUCUUGUGGGUGAGUCUCUCUCUCUCUCUCUCUCUCUCUGUGUUAAUGCACUGAUUCUGGGGAGGGAGGGAUGCCAAGGGUUUGGUCUGGCGGCUACACCUAAAUGCCCUAAAAUGUUUCUGGUUAUUACAUACCGACCUCUUUAUUGUAAACCACACCUCUUUAUGAUGUGAGUACACCAUUACCUCUAUACUUUUUGUUUUAAAGCAUAGUUUGUCAGAAAGGUGCAGGUUUUAGGAGCCCUUGACAUGCAGGAUAUUUCUCCCAUUAUAUCUACUCUUGCUACUGUAAGACUGACUUUGGCAAUAUGAUGAAUUGCAAGGGCCUUUUCUCAGGCUAACAUCAGUCUGAUGCACACAAACAUUUUAACCAUCUCAAUCUCUUUUCAUAGUAAGUCAGUAAAGAACUGGACAGAUUCUCAUCAUUUAUGACAUGGGCAGUCUUCUAAAUGAGCUGCCCUUGAUCUGUUGCUUCACUCCAGUCCCAUGUCUCCUCCAUGGCCUCUCUCUACCUGUGAACUGGGCUGGGCCUAGCUGGGGAGUGCCAGCGUAGAUGGAAACUUUGUUGGCCCUGACUUCUGCCAACCACAGGAUUUAGCCUGCAGCAGGUUCCACUGCGCUUGUUUUUCAGCCCAGUGUCUCUUGUUUAUUAGGGCUCUCUUCAGCAAAUCCUCGCUGCGAAGGAAGAAUGCCACUAAUUGGCCAUUCUGCUGCCUGACGCUGGGUUUCAGCUUGUGGAGACAGUCAGGCAUUGUUUUACACUAACUUUUGCCUCACAGUUAGUUACCGUUUUAUAUUAGAGAAUAGUUGGAUUGCUCCGUAAUGGGACCUCAGAAUUGUGCAGAAACCACAGGCAUUAUUCAUUAACAUUCAAUGACUGGCGGGUGAAAUUGUCAACAGAGGACUUGUUUUGGAGUAAUUAAGCUCUCUUGAGAAAUGUGAUCUCACAUUAUUAAGCCAAAGCAAUCCUUAGCAUGCAGACAAGAAAUUGUUAGCCCUAGGAGCAGAUCAACACUGUUUAUACAACAGCCUUUCUUUAUGCGGAGAAUGUCUUUGUUAUGUUGCCUUCCUUCACAAUUAAUGCAUUCUCAGGUAGCCAGGUUGUUUGGAGCUGUGGAGAAUAUUUUAAAGAAAUUCAAGUCCACACCUGAAACAAAUAUUGUUAUUACACUUUUUUUCUAGUACUUCAUCCUUACACUUUCAGACUCAGCCAAUUCCUUCCAAAGCAAGUUGAGCAUUGACAAUGACACGUGUACUACACGUACAACUGAUUUAAUCUCCCCAUACGUUCAUAUCAGUACUGGUAAUGAGUUGAGAUCUUCUGUCUUCAUCUUGUUUGUACCUUCCUGUCAUGAUCCAGAGCGUCGUCUGAGCCCAUUAACGAUAUCUAAAAUGACACUGAGCCCCAGAGCCUGUAGGCCAUAUCUAAUGACACUGUGAGGGGCUGUUGGGCUAUGGUGUAUCUGUCUGUACUGGGGCCAGCGUGCGGAAUCAUAAAUUGCAGUUAUCUUUGGACUGAUGCAUUAGCGCGAGCCUAGGGAAAAUGAGCAGUGGCAUGUAAAACAUACUCCGUCUAUUAUUCACUACAAACCCCAGCGCUUUUGGCUGAUAACGCUUGGGCUGCAUCCCAGCUCUGUAAAUAAUGACAGCAUGCCAUUAGCAUUCAUUUUCCCCUCGUGUGUAGCUGUCAGUAAUGCGUCAGCCGUGUUUGUAAUAAUUGCCGCAUUUAGACAAGAACAUGGCAAGAGCCCAAUUCUUACCUGACGGCUUGGAUGAGGCAGACAAAUAACCUCAGGGCCUGAGCUGUCGAUUGAUUUGAUCCUAAAGAAGUUUUCCCAUCACUCUGUAUGGGAAAGUAUGACGUUAACUUUAAAGUAGUUUUUCUCUCUUCAUCUGGGAUCAGUUAGCGCUUAGUGAGUUUUUUAAAGAGAGAAAGAGAGAGUGUAAAUGAUUGUGAGUUUGAGAAGAACUGUGGAGAAAGGCCUACAGCACCGUAUUCAUGUCAUGCAUGAUAGUAUCAGAUUGAUCUUUAUUCCAGGAUUACAUGUGCUUUACUGCUCUAGAUAACACAUGCUCUCUAGAAUAUUUGGCCACUGUCAUUUACUCAUUGUAGUGAGUCAUGUCCCUACAGGUUUUGUUUGUCAGGACCCCCUGCUACAACAAUCCCGCUCUGAACGGGUGACUCUGGACCCAGGCCUGAAGUACCAAGCCCACAAAGCACAGGUAUGGGACACCACCUUCUUUAUUGUUUCACUAAAAGGUGCUUUAGUUUAUACAUCUGAAGGAACCUCCUUUCCAUGCCAUAUAACCUAACUUCAUGAAACGUCUUUCUCAACAUGGCCUGUCAUCAUGUCUCUUACUAUAUUUGUUUUGCUGUUAUAGCUGAGCCCUUUUUGCCUUCAUGGAAAAAUCAUUCUCAUGAAAAACAACUGCUAAUGCAAUUACAGUGUUAGGGUGACAUCAUUAGCACUGCGAGUGCAGCGCUCUGUGGAUUUAUUAUUUUAUCAUGUUUAAUCAGGUGACUAACGCUCUCACUAGGUUCUAUUGCUUAAUGAUGCCACAGCAGCUAAUACACUUGGCUCACCGCAGUCAACUACUGCACCCGGUCUGGGCUAGGAUCUGCUGCUGGGACAUGAUCAAGUCAGACAUUUUUCUACUCCACCUUAUAUUGUGUAAAGUGCCCAGAUAGCCUUACCGUAACAAGGCUGUACGGUUGUUCAUGUGUCUACUGUAUGCAUGACUCUGUUUGUGUGCCAACAGUAUGUGUGUCUUUCGAUGUGCAUGUCUAAGUGCUUCUUUCAUGUGUGUAUGUUAAGACAGGUGUAGUUAGCGGCUGAUGUUCAUCUCACUGUUUCUGACACGCCAUUGCCUAACUUGGCGUCCUUUCUCUGCUCAGUCAGUCCGUGCGCACUCCAGAGUGGUAAGUUGUCCUGCCUUCUCAUAUUGUCUAACCCAACCACAUUAACCCUGCUGCACCUUUUCCCUAUGCCUCACCACUGUGACGUCUUUACAUUAACGGUAAGAAAGACACUUCAUUUUUCAACCACUUAUCCUUCUUAGCCUAUGUUUUUGAGUCUCUAAACGAUUCUGAUAUUUUCCCUACUUGUGGCUGCCAAAAAGCACCCUCUAUCGAUUAUGUAUCAUGGUCUUAAAGUGGUGCUUUUAAUUGAAUAGUCCAUAGUAGAUUGGUCUUGGCAAGACUAUGAUUUAUAAGCAACGCAAUGUAGCUCUGUGAAUCAAUCCCAUGAUGCCUCAGCCCCUCUGCCGGUGACAGACACAGCAAAACAAUCUUGCCACUAAAGCAGUCCUGUCAGAGAGGCAGUGAAUCCUGCGCUCCUAUGAAUAAUCUGUCAUCUUCCUCUAUACUGUGAUUAGGAGCAACAGUUUAAAUUAUUUCAGGGGAUCAGGCCUUGUCAGUCUCUGGAUGCCAUCAUAACUCCCCAACCAGUCUGACAAAUUCAAUGUAAUCCCCCCACUAUUUAAAAGACAAAUUCUGUAUGUGAUCCUGUGGGGUUAUGCCCUGCUGUCUGGCCCUGGCUCAAACCUGCGUGCCAAAGUCGUCAAUCAGCCCUGGUAAUGCAUGCCGAGGAGGAGGCAGCCAGGAAUGCCAGCUAGCGAAGAUAGAAAAUGUGCCAUUUAUGUAACCCAGGGAGGGAGGAAAGGGGAUGAUUUUUUACAUUUUCAAUAUAGUUGAUGCUUUUCUGUAUGUAAAGAUAAACAGACUUGCAUUUUUAGAUUUAUUAGUUUUAUCAGUGUGUGGGAUGAUUUCUUAGGUGCAAAUGUAAGAAUUAAACAGAGCCAGCCAACUUGCAUUAACACCCUAUUCAUUACACCUAUUAAACACCUAAUUUAUUAAACCAGAAUCAGGGUGGAUUUAUGUGGGAAUUAGGUAGAUGGUAUCAGUAUAACGAUGUGUCCACUCCCCUCUCCUCUCCUGCAGCUGCAGAGACCCCUGUCAGCCAACAACACUGACACAGACAGGCCUAAAGAGAAGCCAGAUGGUAAACGGGGACAGCACCCUGGGCCUGACUGCUGAGGAGGUAAAUAUACAUAGCUGAAGUUAAUAUGAUAGAUCUGCAUUAGAGGGAUACUAUCUAUCGCUCACAUAGUAUUGUAGCUAAGGGUUCUCUUUCCUCUCCAUGGCAGCUGAAAGUCCUGAGGAGAAUAAGAGAGGAGCAUGAGACACGAGGGGGGCAAAUCUUCCCCACCCCAGAGACAUGGGAACUGUACAGGUGAGAGGGGUUCGGACACUGGGUAAUGUUACACACUAAUAAUGGACAGUGCCGUGAAAAAGUAUUUGCCCCAUUUCUGAUUUUCUCUGUUUAAAUUUUUUUGUUUUAUACUGAAUGUUAUCAGAUCUUCAACCAAAACCUAAAAUUAGAUAAAGGGAACCUGCGUUUACAAAUAACACAACAUGGGUCUCAUUAUGCCUGGCAAAGUAUACAUUUAAAAAAGUCUCAUAUUAAGUUUUGGUUGAAGAUCUGAUAACAUUCAGUAUCAAAAAUAGAGAAAAUCAGAAAGGGGGCAAAUAUUUUUUCAUGCCACUGUACAUGUCUAGAUACAUUUUAGAAUAAGAGAACAACAGCAAUGUCUAAUGUUUGACCAUACUGCUGCCUACCUACAUUUAACGACUGCUAUUACUACGUAAUACGACUAUUACUACUUCAUCUAGGAGUUAAGGUGAGAAGCUGAUACCCAUUAGAGAAUCGGCCGGUUACUGUACAUUACAUCUCUGAGAGUAUUUAUAGGCUUUACAGCUCGCUCUCUUGUGAGUUCUGUAUAUUUUCCCCAAACAUGGCUUAAAUCCCAUGAUGACUUCUAGUUGAAACAGCAUUAAACCCCCUAUUUAUAGGGAAAUCCCGUUUUGUGCUUACAGUCCAUAUUCUUCUAUGAGGGAUUUGCUGCUUGAUUAGCUUUAUGGGCCUGUUAGUACUGGGGAUUUUGUGGCUUUUUUUACACAAUAUGUUUCUGAGUGGUCUUGGAAAUUACUGGGGCUUAUGACAUUGAGUAUCACAGUAGCCCUGUUGUAACACAUUCAACUCCCCACAAACUAGACAGAAAAUGCAGAAGCCCAGUGCAGCCUGUGGUGGUGGAAAUGGUUGUUAUUUUGUCAUUAUCUGUGUCUCUGUUUCUCAGUGGUUAUCUGGAGUAUAAGACAUCGAUGAACUCCAUGUUGUCUAACAGACUUUUCCAUGGAAGGUAAGCAUUUCCAUUGUGGUUGGGAAUGGGAGCAGUUUAAAUUUGUGGAAAGGUUGGCCCCUGACUUUGUGUUUGUUUUGUCUUCAGAUGAAUAGGUGAGGAGAACAGCUAAUAAGAUAUGUAUGGUAAUAGUAGACAUUAAAGUUUUCCAGAGCGAGCACAGUGUCUAUGUGGCAGUGUGGCUUUGGUAGUCUAGUCCUCAAAUGGCGGUUGGGGCUGGGCUGGGGAGAGUUUAUGAAGCAAGGAAGAGCAGGGAAAAUGUUAUAGAAUAAACAGAGCUAUUGGGAAUUGUGUUGCACAACUCAACUUCUUUUAUCCUGUUGCAUGGGUUCAAAUAUCAGAGAAAUCUUGUGUUUAUGAGCUUUUGGUUUAUGUACAGUAUUUCAUUUACUCAGUUUCACUAUUGCACAAUACUAUCUGGGGAGCUGGCGUCUCCUUUGGCCCUUUAUGAUUUUUCCAUGUUGCUUGCUUUGGUCCUCAGAUUGGGGAAAGCGGUGGUGACCUCAAGAUCACAGUGGGUGUUAUUGCCGCCAUUUCCCCCCCUCACUCUGUCUUCCAUCUUUCAACUUUCCUUCUCUUACCACAAUAUCUUUGAAAAUAAUAAUCUGAUACAUUUCUCUUCUCAGGGACUGAUUCAGUCAAACCUGUCUUAGCAAUGACGAGUGUCUACAUUUAUGUUACCGUGCCUAAAAUCAUUUUGCAAUUGUUCGGAUAUUAGUGUGUAAAGAAUGUAAUGCAGGUUAAAUUAAAGGGAUCUAUGGUUGGUUAAAGGGAUACUUCAGGAUUUUGGCAAUGAAGCCCAUUAUCUAAAUUCCCGGAGUCAGAUGAACUCGCGGAUACCAUUUUUAUGUCUCUGCGUGCAGUUUGAAGGAAGUUGCUAACUAGCGUUGGCGCAAUUGCUAACUAGCGUUAGCGCAAUGACUGGAAGCCUAUGGUAACUAGUCUAUGGUAACUGUUAGCAUGCUAGUAGAUACCAUAGACUUCCAGUCAUUGCGCUAACACUAAUUAGCAUUGGCUCGCGAAACUUCAUACUGGCUGCAGAGAUAUAAAAAUGGUAUCCAUGAGUUCAUCUGACUCUGGGGAAGUAGAUGAAGGGCUUCGUUGCCAAAAUCCCGAAAUAUCCCUUUAAGGAGUCGUAUUAGAGCGGUUUCUCUCGUCCUCCAUCAGGAGCCUGAAUGGUAAUGUGCAGCUGCAGGUGGACGUGUUCCACGCAUGUCUCGUGAUCCAGUACGAGAUGAAACUACUGUCACUGGAGGCGUAGAAGCAGAGGCAGCGCCACCUGGCAGAGCACUCCGCUAUGGGGAGGAAGAGCACAGGUAGGCCUCAGGGAGUCUGUCCUCCUCCAGCUGACACAGCAUAGCAACACACAGUCUAGUCUCAGACCACGGCCUGUCUGGCCAAGCCAAGGGGGAGGCAAUCAGACAUGUUCAUUCCUUUACUUUCUAUGACGAACUAACCACUGCCAGAAUGAAAAUGGCCAAAUAUGACAAUGAGAGUUCAUUCAACAACUACCAUAAUAAGUUAUCUUUGCACAGUGUUGUAAUUGACAUUGUGACGUUUGACUUUUUUUCUGUAAUGCUUUGUACUUAAGUGAGGGGUCGCAAGGCCUCCCCUACUAGGACCAGUGACGAGGAGGAUGUUGAGGAGGAGGAGGAAAAGAAGGAGGAAAAUGUCACGCCCUGGCUCUGGGACUCUGUUAUGUUGAGCCAGGGUGUGUUGUUUCUAUGUGUUUUGUUUCUAGGUUCUUUAUCUAGUUAUUUGUUUCUAGGUUGGCCGGUGUGGUUCUCAAUCAGAGGCAACGUGAAUCAGCUGUUGCUUGUUGUCUCUGAUUGGGAACCAUACUUAGGCAGCCUGUUUGGCCACAGUGUUUGUGGGAUCUUGUUCCGUGUAUGGUUAGUGUUUGUAACCAAGGACGUCACGUUAUCGUUUUGUUGUUUUGUUCUCUAAUAAAUAAGUAUGUUCACUCAUCACGCUGCGCAUUGGUCCACUUCCUCCAGCGAUCGUGACAGAAGAUCCCACCAUAACUGGACCAAGCAGCGUGUCCAGGAGCCAACGCCAGAGAGGACUCUAAUGAAUAUCAACCUCGACUGGGUCAAGCAGCGUGAGGAGGAGAGAGUCUGGACUUGGGAGCAGAGGAGCGAGAGUCUGGCGAGAGCCAUGGAGGCCUGGCCCACGGGGAGGAGAGACGCCCAGAAAUUUUUUAGGGGGGAGCACACGCCGUGGACGACGGGGCAGCAGGAGGCCGGGAUAGAGUGGUUCAGCGGGUUGGCAAAGGAGGCCGCCAGGUUACGGGAGUCACUGGUCACCAGGGGGAAGGAGAAUGUAGAGGCACGGCGAGAGGUACUGGGGUGUGUUGCCAGUCCGGUCCGGCCCGUUCCAGAUCCCCGCGUAGGGCCAGUGGUGUGUGUCUCCAGUACGGUCCUGCUUGUUCCUGUCCCUCGCACCGAGCCUGUGGUGCGCGUCGCCAGCCCGGUCCGGCAUGUUCCUGCCCCUCGCACCAAGCCUGUGGUGCGCGUCGCCAGCCCGGUCCGGCCCGUUCCUGCUCCCCGCACCAAGCCUGUGGUGCGCUUCGUCAGCCCGGUCCGGCCCGUUCCUGCUCCCCGCACCAAGCCUGUGGUGCGCUUCGUCAGCCCGGUUCGGCCCGUCCCUGCUCCCCGCACCAAGCCUGUGGUGCGCUUCGUCAGCCCGGUUCGGCCCGUCCCUGCUCCCUGCACCAAGCCUGUGGUGCGCGUCGUCAGCCCGGUCCGGACCGUUGCUGCUCCCCGCACCAAGCCUGUGGUGCGCGUCGUCAGUCCGGCACAGCCCGUGCCUGGGUCACCGGUGCCUGGUCAGGUACCGGUCAGCUGCUCCACAUCGGAGCCUAAGCAAUCUGCUCCACCGAUGUCCAGUCCAGCUCCAGCCAGCGGGGCCAGACCGGACCAGGGGAGCUACGGAGGGUGGUGGUCAAGCCCGGAGCCUGAACCGCCUCCGAGGAGGAAUGCACACCCGGCCCUUCCCUGUUCGGUUUAUGUUUGGCGCGGUCGCAGUCCGCGCCUUUGGGGGGGGGUACUGUCACACCCUGGCUCUGGGACACUGUUAUGUUGAGCCAGGGUGUGUUGUUUCUAUGUGUUUUGUUUCUAGGUUCUUUAUCUAGUUAUUUGUUUCUAGGUUGGCCGGUGUGGUUCUCAAUCAGAGGCAACGUGAAUCAGCUGUUGCUUGUUGUCUCUGAUUGGGAACCAUACUUAGGCAGCCUGUUUGGCCACAGUGUUUGUGGGAUCUUGUUCCGUGUAUGGUUAGUGUUUGUAACCAAGGACGUCACGUUAUCGUUUUGUUGUUUUGUUCUCUAAUAAAUAAGUAUGUUCACUCAUCACGCUGCGCAUUGGUCCACUUCCUCCAGCGAUCGUGACAGAAAAGGAGGAGGAAAAGAAUGCCCUGGGUCCGUUCGUGGUGUAGAUAGACAGUGUGCCCACCCCACUGAAGCGGCUCCACAAUGAGACCCUGUCCUUACCAGAACCGGCUCGACGCACCGCCGCUGUCGCCAAGCUCAAAGUCAACCUGCUCCACAUCCUCCAGCAGGGCUGGGACCUCAGGUCAGUGCACACCCCAGGCUUCUGCUCCUGUUGGCAGCCCUCUCCUCAUUCUCCUCCAUCCCACCAACCCUCUCUCUGUUUCUCUCAGCAGGAGAAAUAUGACGCUUCCCAGAGCACAAUCUGGGCCUCUUUUCAUACCCCUGCAUGUUUUGAUCAGUCUCUUUGAGCGUGACUCCUUCAUGUCUACCUAACUUACAACGUGGAGAGAACACUGAGGAAGCAGAUGGGUUCUGAGCCAGCGAAUCCUGUGUGUCAACAUUGAAUUCCAUGUAGAGACACUGCCUGUGAUUGGACUGUUAAAUGUAGGAGUCAGAUUGUCUUUUCUUUGUUUUAAUUUUGAAUGACCUGGAUGGACUUGAAAGGCUCCCCACCAUCCAUCAUUAUGCAAUACGAUUGCAAAAAUAUUUAGAUCUUUUUUGCUUUUACAAUGAAAUGUAUGAAUAUUACAUACUUCUGUUUAAACGGCAACAAAGGCUCCAGUCUCCUAUUGAUUUUUAAAGUGUGUCUGAAAUUGUAAUUUGAGGGGGAAUUACAAUAACAAGUCUACGUUUGUAGAAAUUCCUCUGAGCUUGCCAGGACUGUGAAGGGACCUUGGCAAUUAUAGUACAGUAUAUCAUUGUUUGUGUCUGACAGCUUUUUCCAAAACAUUUUCCCACUACGUUGUACUGGCAGUACCCUUUUCAGGUUCACUCGGGCCAUGAAAACAAUGCAUCACUCUUGGUACUGGCCGAGGGCAAGUCACACUGUGCUCCAACACUGGCUGAAAUUGAUAUUUACCUGUAUUAGUUUUGUCUCUUGCAUGAUGCCUAAGAUAACAAUCUGAAUAUGCGUCAGUGCUUGUGCUUACUGUUGUAACACAUGUAUCUGAGAUGCCUAAAAGGCAGAAAACCUUUGCUCCCAUAUAAAAAGCUGAAGACCCGUGUGUCAGGGAAUGACACAGAUUGGAGAUGUGAUCUGUGUAUGUGUGUGCGCGUGCAUUUGCAUGCCUGCGUGUGCAAUUCCUCUAACUACUGUCGAUCUCUCCAUCCCAUUUGUAUUUUUUAACCAUGCUUACCUUUGCAAUCUGUGUUUUUUUUCCUCCUCCUGACUGCCAUAGUUUUCUCUCUUCCUCCUUAGUUUCCUCUCCUCAGUCUCUCAUGUCCUCCUUAAUCCUGUCUCACUCUCUCCCGCCCUCUGUUCUGCAGUAAAGUCCAGGCUCGGAUGACCUUCUCCUCCUAUCUCCACCGGGUGCAGAUGAGGCUACUUGCAGAGAGCAGGACUAACGCUAACUCAGCCUGGCCAGAGAAGGACAAUGACCAAACGGUAAGACAACUGUCUGCGGUAUUUCCCAGUUCCCCGGGGAAUGAUUUUAUGGAAAAGAAAACUUGGACCAUUGUUUUAUGUUUAUCUGCAUUUGAUUUUCCGUUUGAUCUGUUGUUAGUCAUUGGAGCCAUGUCGUAACUGUGUAAAUGUUCAUGAGGUGUUUGUGGCCACGUAGAGAGGAAAAUGGUGUGAGUACGACUACGUGGCUGCGUCAAAGUUGGAUUUAUCGGAAUGUCUCAUCGGUGCAUCGGAAUGAUAAACAUCAUAAUCUCCCAAGCCUCUGGAGAAAAUAAACGUGAACAUGUGUCCAUCAUGAUGAGUCCAUAAAUUUUUUUCUUAAGAGUUUUUUUGGGACAAAUGAAAUACCACAACGUAAAGGUGAGUGUUGUAAUGAUGACGUAGUGCAGUGACAGCAGGUCUUCUCAUCUCCAGGAGCUGGUGAUCCGCUUCCUGAAGAGGGCAGCCAGUAACCUUCAGCAGCCAGUCGCCAGCUCCCCCUCCAGGACUGCUGAUGCAUCCUGUCCCACCAGC